CCCGGGGCUCAGCCGGGCUCCCCGCGCCCAGACGGCAGCUGAGCUCCGCCGGCGAGCCUGACCCGGGCUGCCGCGGCGCGGGCGAGGCGGCAGCCCAGGCAUGGUGGACUGAGACCCGGCCGCGGAGGAGGGCUUGCCUGGGCUUCUGUUCCCGGCCCGCUGCGUGCCCCCCAGCCCCCGCUCCCGGCCCCGUGUCCCGUCCCCCCCCCCCCCCCGAGCUCGGGUGGGGGCUUUUCCCGCUUCCCGUCUUUCUUUCUGUCCCUAUGGAGCAGCUACCCCCGCCGCCCGACCAUGCCUAGGAAAGCGGGGAAUGGGCAGCUCCCUUUACCCGAUGGCUGGGAGGAGGCGAGGGAUUACGACGGCAAAGUCUUCUACAUCGACCACAACACCAAGCAAACCAGCUGGAUCGACCCCCGGGACAGGUUAACAAAGCCCUUGUCUUUCGCGGAUUGUGUUGGGGAUGAACUGCCAUGGGGAUGGGAAGCCGCAUAUGAUCCUCAGAUUGGUGUAUACUAUAUUGAUCACAUCAACCAAACAACACAAAUAGAAGAUCCCAGGAAACAAUGGAGGCAAGAACAAGAGAGAAUGUUAAAAGAUUAUCUUAUGAUAGCCCAGGAUGCUCUCAGUACUCAGAAAGAACUGUACCAGGUGAAAGAACAGAGGCUAGCACUUGCACUGGAUGAGUAUGUACGGUUGAAUGAUGCCUACAAAGAAAAAUCAAGCUCUCGUACAAGCUUGUUCUCAGGCUCUUCGUCAAGCACAAAAUAUGACCCUGACAUUCUGAAGGCUGAAAUCUCCACUACAAGAUUGAGGGUUAAGAAGCUGAAGAGAGAACUCUCACAGAUGAAGCAAGAGCUGCUGUACAAGGAGCAGGGUUUUGAAACACUGCAACAAAUUGACCAAAAAAUGUCCGGAGGCCAGAGUGGGUAUGAACUGUGUGAGGCCAAAGCCAUUCUGAGUGAACUGAAGUCCAUCAGAAAGGCGAUAAGUUCAGGGGAGAGAGAAAAACAAGAUUUAAUGAAGUCUCUUGCAAAGUUGAGAGAGAAAUUCAGUCUUGACCAGACCAUUGGGACAUCUGAACCAGACUUGAAUUCCAGCUCUGUAAACUCCCAGCUGUGUUUUUCUCGACAAACUCUAGAUACAGGGUCUCAAACUGACAUUUCUGGUGAGGUUGGAGCAAGAAGUAGAUCCAAUUUAGCAGAGAAGGUCAGACUAAGUCUUCAAUAUGAAGAGGCAAAAAGAAGCAUGGCUAACUUGAAGAUUGAACUCUCUAAGCUAGAUAGUGAAGCCUGGCCUGGGGCACUUGAUGUGGAAAAGGAAAAACUGAUGUUAAUCAAUGAAAAAGAAGAGCUUUUAAAGGAACUCCAGUUUAUUACACCAUGCAAACGUACUCAAGAUGAGCUAGAGCAGCUAGAAGCAGAAAGGAAGAGGCUUGAAGAAGAGCUGCUGUCUGUGAAAAGCGCACCCAGUCAAGCACUUGCUGAAAGAUUGAAAUUGGAGGAGAGAAGAAAAGAGUUGGUGCAGAAACUUGAAGAAACUACGAAGUUAACUACUUACUUGCAUUCACAACUUAGGAGCCUCUCGGCUAGUAGGUUAUCUGUGUCUUCAGGGAGCAGUUUGGGAUCUCUGGCAUCCAGCCGGGGAUCUCUGAACACGUCAAGCAGAGGGUCGCUAAACUCGCUCAGCUCCACGGAUCUCUACUAUAACCAAGGCGAUCAAAUAACAGAUUUGGACUAUCAGUAUAAACUUGACUUCAUAUUGCAAGAAAAAAGUGGUUACAUUCCUUCGGGGCCUAUCACUACUAUUCAUGAAAAUGAAGUGGUCAGUUCCCAUGGGAGACUGGGUUACAGUGACUCUCCUUCAGCUGCAGAGCAUCCCAAAUUGACUGAACCUCCCAAAUCUGUGACAUCGCUGUCUUCCAGAUCCUCACUGUCCUCCUUGUCCCCCCCAGGCUCCCCUUUGGUUUUGGAAGCUGCGUUUUCAGUGUCGGCUCAAAAUUCCCCCCUGCAUCACCUCACUACGGACUUUGAAGACUGUGACCUUUCGGGUGAUUUUGCAGGCGUUAGUCUCUGUGAGAACCAAAUAUUAUUGGACUCUGAAGCCAGAGCAGGAUCUCAGGUUCCUACAGAUGAUAAAGAUGUUAAUGAAGGCAUUAGGCAGCCUCUGCCUUCUCUACAUGAAGGAGGUUCAGGUGUUGACUUACCUAGAACAGCUAGUCACCUGCUGGAGGAGAAAACAGCUUGUGUAUCUGCUGCCGUGUCCGAUGAGUCUGUAGCUGGAGACAGUGGCGUAUAUGAAGCUUCUGUGAAACAACCAAAUGAAACUGAAGACAUUGUAUAUAGUGAAGAUGAUGCAACAACUCUAGAGGCUGCCCAGGUACAAGUAGGACUCAGAUACGACCACAGCAGUUCAAGUUUUGUGAUAAUCAUAGUACGGCUCAGAAAUCUUCCAGCAUUUUCUGUCCCCCUUGGCUCUAAAGUGUAUAUUAGAGUAGCUGUACUCCCAUCCUCAACUGAUAUCAGCUGUCUGUUCCGCACUAAAGUUCAUCGUGCCAUGGAAACCAUUUUGUUCAACGAGAUAUUCAGAGUAGCCAUUUCCCAAGUAACACUGCUACAGAAGACGCUGAGAGUAGAUGUUUGUGCUGUCAGUAGAAGUCGCCGGGAAGAAUGCUUGGCUGGGACUCAGAUCAGUCUGGCAGAUUUAUCAUUUUCCAAUGAGCCUUGUACCCUGUGGUACAACUUGCUGUCUCGCAAGCAGAUUCCUGGCAAACAAAAUGAAGGAUCCACGUUUCUGUUAAGCAAGCAGUCAUUAGACUCACUGGACUUGGAUGCUGUGUCAGCUCUGCUGGAGAGGACAUCUGCUGAGCUGGAAGCAGUAGAACAAGAGCUUGCUGAAGAGGAGGAGGAAGAGGAGGGGGAGGAACAGGAGCAAAGGGGGUCUGAGGAAGACUGGUUAGAAAUGCUCGCAGAAGCCUCUGAUGAAAUUGUGGAUGAAGAGGAAGAUGGCAUUAAGCUGGCAGUAGAAGGCAACUGUACUGAUGACAUGGGGUUACUCAUUGAUGCACCGGAAACAAAUGAAGACAAGGACGGAGAGAACAGUGGGGAGGGCCAUGAAAGCCAGCAAGCUGCUGCAAUACUAACACUGGUCGAUAAAGAGACUAACACUGAGGAAUCGGUUAACGAGAACACAACAGUCCGACCCAAGGACAGAGCCAGCUGGAGCUCAAGACAGCGUCCCUUUGUCAGGAACAGCAUGAUAGUGCGCUCACAAACCUUCUCUCCAGGCGAGCGGAACCAAUACAUCUGUAGGUUGAAUCGAAGUGACAGCGACAGCUCAACGCUAGCCAAAAAGUCUCUCUUUGUGAGAAAUGCCACAGAACGGCGGAGCCUAAGAGUUAAACGGCCUGUUUGCCAACCAAUCAUGCGAAGAGCUACGCAAGAGUGCCCCAUACGCACUUCCCUUGACUUGGAGCUGGACCUCCAGGCGUCACGCACAAGACAGAAUCGUCUGAAUGAUGAGCUUCAGGCCUUGCGGGAUCUUAAACAAAAGCUUGAGGAAAUGAAAGGCAGAGGAGAGACAGACCUUCCCCUGUGUGUGCUAGAGGAUGAGCGAUUCCAGAAACUCUUGAAACAAGCUGAAAAACAGGCUGAACAGUCAAAAGAAGAACAGAAACAAGGCUUAAGCGCUGAGAAAUUGAUGAGGAAAGCAUCUAAGGACGUGUGCCGGUUACGGGAGCAGAGCCAGAAAGUGCCACUGCAGGUGCAGUCAUUCAGGGAGAAGAUAGCAUACUUCACAAGGGCAAAGAUCAGUAUACCAGCCCUUCCAGCUGAUGAUGUAUAAUUAUGCAUUUUCAUUGAAGUGUUUUUCCACUUGUUCAUCUCUUUUCAGAUGAACUUUGUAGUUCCAGUGACCUGCUUUUAAAGAUCUUCUAUUUUACAUUCACUAUUGAUAUGUUUAUUUGUAAAAUAUAGUGAAUUGAAUUGUAUGCUUAAAAAAAUGGCAAAAAAGCCCCAACAUCCAGAAAACCAAAGUAGAUUAAUUUUGGUAUACUGAUGCUGAUUUUGUACAGUUUGUAUGUAUUGCAUGUGUGUUUUUAUUUUGUAAAGAUGGAACAAAGGAACAAAGGCAGUACUAAGCAUGUAUCCUGUUGAACUGCACUGUGUUGAGAAAUAUUAUGUUCAACAGAAGAUUGUUUAUCUUUUCACUAUUUUCAUGUGAGCAGACUGUGAAGAUGGCUGUUUUGCCAUGCAAUAUUUUUGUACAAGAGUGUGACUUUUAUAGUUUAAAGUUAAUCACAAGCAAAAGCUCCUUUCCACAACAUCAAGGCUGCCUCACAACAGCUGCUAAUUAGAUUCAUCACCCACAUUGGAAUUUUUUUUCUGAAAACAAAUUUCUUCUGGUUUUGUGUUUUAAUACUUUGUAGGAAGAGACAGAGUUUGGAGUUUAGUUUUGUGAAUGUACAGUACUUGUAACCUGCACUAAACGGUUUCUUGCAUCUGCAGGAGAGUGAGAAAGGCAAAGCAGACAAGUAACCCUAAAAACUUAUGUGACAACCAAAAGGGGCAGCUGCUUUCUGAACUGGAAGCUGAAUUUAAUUCAUAAUACCAGCAUUGAAAUUGGAGUAGUUAUUUCCCCUGUACACUUAAAAAUGACAGUUUCUCUACGUUAACCUUUUGACCUAGAGGCUGUCUGACUGCCAACUAGGAAUACAUAAAAGUAUUUGUUAGGUUUACAGAUAUUAAGAUGUCUCAUUAAAGUCUUUGUACCAGGAAAAAAAUUUGUCACAUACUAACUCAGAUAUCAGAAGUCUUGUUGAUAAGGUAAGCCCUUUCUGAAAAAGAAAAGCUCCUGACUAGAAGUCUUCACAUAUUUCGGUACAAUAAAUAACAUUUUUAAAAAAUACACAAUUGACCUUGUAGGUAGUUGAGGGUGCACAGGUUUAGAUGUGAAUGACGUGUUUCAAAUUUGCCUUACAUGAAGCAGCCUGCUAGGAAGAAGCAUCCACUUGGAUGCAUUCUGUUAGAAGCCCAGAACAUUAGAUGUAGGUGUUUAAGCAGCCCUGUCUUGGUAAAGCAGUUGGCGUCUUAUCUUCUGUGGGUACUGUCUAAGUAGGUGGACAUUGCAGCUAACAGAAGUAUUUCAUUUUCUACUUAAUAUGUUGCACUCAGAUGUGUUUAAUUCACUGGCUAAAGUUUUCUUCCCCAGCAACAAGCCACCUAUGCAUGGACUUCAUCUUUCAAAAAGGCUAUAAUUACUUGGUGAGAAAAUGGAAGCAAAUACAACCACAAUAUGGUAGCAGCUGUCUUAAAUUCAAAGUGACAAUUCUGUGCUGAGAGGUCUGUGUAACACCCAAGGGUUUUCUUAUGCACACAUACAUCAGUUCACUUAAAUGUAUAGCCAAACAUGCUAUUUUGGGCAAGAUGACUGAUUGAACAUCCUUUAUGAAUGCCCCGUUUGUUUUUUGUUUCUUGGAUUUGAGAGAACAUUCAUGUUUGAAAGGUCAAUUUAAAAAAAAAAAAAAUCUGGAAUUAUUUAAUGUAGAGGUGAAAUGAAGGUUGACAGUUUCAAAUUAAUUUGAUUAUAUAAGUUGUUUGUAGAAUGAUGUUUAGAGGUGUACUUUAUGAUUUUUUUCUUUUAUUUAUUUACAGUCUUAUUUAUGUUCUGUUUAAUAUAGUUCAGUUCUGGCCGUAAAAAUAUUACAUCAAGGAUGCUAUUGUGAAAAAUAUUUAGGUCUCUCUCAGUUCUUACCAGAUUAGCUGUUUCUCCUCACAUGUUGAGUAAUUUUCAAAAAAAGUACUAUCUUCUGAUCUGUAAGUGUGAGGUGAGGUCAAAAUGUAAGUAUUGCUGGCUUUAGCUUGAAAAACUUACUUAAAAAUGAGAGACUUGAAUAUGUUUAAGCUCCUCGUUUUACAAAUUGGUAAAGUUGAACAUAGUUAUAGGCAGCUUUUAACAAUUCUGGGUUUGGAGUUCUGGGGGUUUUUUACUAAUUCAGAUUAUUCACACUUGAAACAAUAAAUAAGCUAAAAUAAUACAUACAAAUAAACUCCCAUCAGUUUAGAGUUGUAAGUGUUACUCCUGAAGUGGAAUUUGCCCUGCACAGCAGGGUAUAACGAAUGUAAUUAGUUCUAUUUCCAGGUACCAAUGUCACAGCAGUUGCAUAUAUCAAAAUCUAAAUAUUACUGGUACACGAAUAUUUAGCCAAAUGAGCAAAGUUUAGCAGAAAUUGUAAUAGAACACAAAUCAAAUAAUUAAGAUUUUUUUUACUAUUGCUAUGUUUAUACUGUAUUAAAUAUCAAAAGCUCAGGACUGAACUAAAUAUUUAAUCAGGUUAUAUUCUGAAUGUGUUUCUGUUCUAAUUUUGUCUGUAAGAGUAUGCAAGCACAUCACAUAGAUUAACUUGUCUCUGCACUUUCCAUGUGUUUCAGUGAUUGGAGAAUACAUUUUUUAACAAA